AGCAAGGAUGAACUGUGAGAAUUCAGCAAGAAUUUUGUUUUGGCAUCAGGAUCAACUUCCUGUAUCUGAACUCCCCGAGCUUGACUCUUGUCAUUCCGCCGAUGCACCGGCUCUUCUCUGGUCUUCCCCGUUAUUUGUCCUUUUCGUGUUUUCCGGGUGUUGUUGUCGUGACGUCUAAAUUAUCGGCUGUUCUUUUGUUCCUCUCUUAUCUCGACAGUCACAUGAGAACAGGAGUUGAGAUGCAUUUUGGCUCACUGACGACUGCGAGCCUCGUCGCAUCACAGGCCCAGUUCUGUUACCGGUGCCAUUUCCUUAUAUGAUAAUGGUCCGGUGAAAUGUAGUUUUUUGGACCAUUGUUUUUAAGCCUGGGUUUAGUUUUAUUUUAAUUGGACAGAAGUGUUCUCUGAAUGAUGAAGAUUUGGAGCACGGAACAUGUUUUCAGUUACCCCUGGGAGACUGUCAUCAAGGCUGCCAUGAGGAAGUACCCCAACCCCAUGAACCCCAAUGUGGUAGGGGUUGACGUGCUGGACCGUACUCUGGAUGCAGAAGGACGCCUUCACAGCCACAGACUCCUCAGCACAGAGUGGGGGCUGCCGGGUAUUGUGCGCGCGAUACUUGGAACAAACCAGACGCAGACCUAUGUGAAGGAGCACUCCAUAGUUGAUCCAGACGAGAAGAAGAUGGAGUUGUGCUCCACAAACAUUACUCUUACCAACCUAAUAUCAGUGGAUGAGAGGCUUGUUUACAGACCACACCCAGAGAACCCUGAGGUCACUGUUCUGACACAGGAAGCGAUCAUCACCGUCAAAGGAGUCAGCCUAAGCAGUUAUUUAGAGGGGAUGAUGGUCAGGAGUAUGUCUGCCAACGCCCGAAAGGGCUGGGAUGCAAUUGAAUGGAUAAUUCAGAACUCUGAAAGAGAAAACGUACCUCUUUGUGACGUUUACUAACACUGGUCGAAGUUUACCGUGAAGACUACUGACCUCAUCUGAACGACUGGGCGCUCCCAGCAUCUCUCUGGACCUGUCACAGGUGGCGCUGAUCUCAACGUUGGAGCACGAGUAGGAAGCAAAUCUUUCGCCAAAGUCAAAUGGUUUCAGAACAUUUACAAGCAAACAGGACAAGUGUGUAACUAGCCGUUCAUGAAGCACUCAUCAACUAAUUUACUAUUUAAGAAAAAAAAAAAAUCAAAGCAGAACUCCUGAAAAUAUGUCAAACUUACAAUCGCUUCCAUCCAUUUAUGUUUAACUUAUGCAUUAUCUUCAGUGUAAAUAGAAAUUUUCCACUGAAGACGCAGUUUGAUUAUGCAACAGAGAAGAAAAUAGUUUUAUUUUUCAUUUAUAAAAUCUUAUUGUAUUUUAAAGUAGAAACCUGUUCAAAUCCUAAAGAUGUGACCGGUGCUUCUAGAUGUAAUAAGCUGAGCACGAACUGUACACGUUUGCAUGAUGGGAGUAAAAAAAACUAAAGGAACAGGGUGAGGUGUUAGGGGAAAUAUAUUUACUGAAGAAAUUGAGAAUAAAUAAAUCAUCAGCAAAUGAUUUUUUCAAGGAAAUUCUUCCUCUCAAGGUACGAAUACACGGACUUCUUUCAACAGAUAAAGACGGGACAGCUUUUCCUUUAACCAGCUUGUUUGUGGAGUAGAAAUAAGACUGGAUGGACAAAAUUGCCCUUUCCUAUGGCCUUGAAAUACUCCCGGUGUAUUAUUGCUUUGAAAGCACUUUCAUGCCUUUUGCCAGUGGUACACAUCAUGCCACCAAAUGUAGUGCUAACUAAGAUACAUGUAGAUGCUAAAAAUAACCAAGUGCAAUGCUGCACAGCUGUGUGCAGAAGAUUUAUGUGCUCAAAAUAUUUCUAGACUGAAAAAAGAAAGUAUUUGCAUUGUUUACUUAUAUUUUUAUUUAACAUUGCAUUUUACUAAACACAUUGCUUUUAAUAUUUGUGCUGUACAAAACUGUAGUUUACUUUUUUCAACAGAUUGAAACCUUGGGUGUUGUUCUGCCAUUAUGAAAGAAUAAAUUAAGUUUUGAACCUGA